GGGUGAGUAUAUUAUAAUUAAAAUAUAUUCCUAGUUCCAAUUCUUUUGAAUAGUGUCAGUGACCAAUCGAAAUAGAAAUCAGUGGACAUCAUGGAGAGAGAAGGCGAAACCAAAUUUGAAAAUUCGACAUCGGUAAUUCAGUAGUUAAGAAUAACUCAAUCGAUUAUGUAGAUUAACUAGUUAUAAACAAAUAUAUGAAGUAUAAAUUCAAAUUAUUCUUAUCCAUCUAAAAAUUGGAAAUUAAAAAGCAGAAGACAAGAAAUUAUCUUCGAGGAUUUAUAUAGUAAAUACAUUCUUUUGCCUGUCUUACCUAGAGAUAAAACAGUUGUUUGAUGGUUAUCUUAUAGUGUUCAGUCAUUGCGAAAAAUAUUUUUAAUUAGUUAAAAACUAUAAUUAAUUAAAAACUACAUUUUUUUAUGUAUAUAGACGUUAGCGAUGUAUUAUUCCGGGAAGCUCGUCUAUCUCCCGAACAUCGGGUUUGCGACAACAUCGAUUUGGAAAUUAUCGUUGCAGAGUAUGAAAAUUAUUACAAGAUGAAAUUUCAAAAAUAUCCCAUAUUGUGUAAGAAAAUAACUGGAAGGGAAAUGACGAGGGAAGUGACAAAUGCAAGCAAAACAAGUAUUGAGACAAAAGCCAAAUCUGUUAGUAAACAAGCGAGAAGUGAGCCUGUGAAAGAGACGAAUCUACAGCAGAAGAUAACUGAUGACAAUACGAAUCAUAUUAAUCUCGCAAUGACAGUGACGUCAAUAUUCCCCAAUGAGAAUGAUGGACGUUCAUCAGAAGAGCUAUUUAACGUCCCAAUGGAACAAUCCAUGCAAUCGAAGAUAUUGAAAUGCGUUGAAAAGCUUUAUUCAGAUAAUCCGGAAUUACGAAAGAUUGCUGAGGACAUCUCAUGCAGAAGACGCCAUUUUAUCUUUGUAUCGUCACAGGAGAUCAUAGUAAACAAAUUAAAUGUACAUUGGGAUGACGUUAUAGGCCUAGAGGAAUGUAAAACCGCUGUUAAGGAGGCCGUUGUGUAUCCCCUUAAGUAUCCUAUCUUUUUUGAUGGCCCGUUUUCCCCCUGGAAAGGUAUUUUGCUGUACGGCCCACCUGGUACAGGGAAAACGAAGUUAGCGAAGGCAGUCGCGACAGAAUGCCAUUGCACCUUUUUUAACAUAACUGCCAGCUCAUUGGUCAGCAAAUGGAGAGGCGAUUCCGAGAAGUAUAUACGUGUAAGUUGCUUUGUCUAUGUUUUAUUUGAACUUGCCUAUAGUCAUUCGCCUACAAUUAUUUUUAUCGACGAGAUUGACUGGAUCGCCACAAAUAAAGGAGACUGUAUAUUGUCUGAACCUGCAAAGAGAUUCAGAUCAGAACUUCUUUCUAGAUUGGAUGGAUUAGUGUCUAAUGAAAAUUCUAAUGUAGUUCUUCUGGCUACAACUAAUUCCCCUUGGGGCAUUGAUGCAGCUUUACUCAGGCGUCUCGAAAAGCAAAUAUACGUAUCAUUACCCAAUGAAGUUGCUCGACUUGGUAUAUUCAAAUUAUACCUUAGCAACCACUUAUUAGAAAAUACAGAUAUUGUAAACCACAUAGUAAAAUGUACUGAAAGAUAUUCUUGUGCAGAUAUAAAAUUGCUUUGUAAGCAAGCGUGGCUACUAGAAAUAAGCCCGAUAUGGAGGAGACUUGAAAAGAAAGAAACACCUGUUACCACUUUGAAAUAUGAAUUAAAAAGUUAUGAAAUAUUAGCAAAAUUGUUAAAAAAAAUGUCACCUACAGUUAUGCAAAUAGAUAAAUAUGAUACGUGGAACAAAUAAA